GUCCAAACGUGGGGCAGGGCUAUGAAGGAAAAGGGAAAGCUGAUGAAGAAGAACUGUGAGAAUGAGCCCAAAUAUUUGUUGUCUUUGUAAGCUAUUCAGAGAAGAUGAAAAUGAGAUCACUUCUAAAGUGUCAUUGGAAGAAGUGUUACAGUGGUCCCAAUCCUUUGAAAAGCUGAUGACUACUAAAUAUGGACCUAUAAUCUACAAGACCUACCUGAAGACAGAAUACAGUGAUGAGAACAUUGAAUUCUGGCUUGCAUGUGAAACUUACAAGAAGAUUGAAUCUCGGAGGAAAAGGAUUUCUGUGGCCAAGAGAAUUUUUAAAAAUUACAUUCAGCCCCAGGCGCCUAAAGAGAUUAACAUUGAUAGUCCUGCAAGGGAAGCUAUCAUCAGGAAUAUUCAAGAACCAACUCAAUCCUGUUUUGAUGAAGCUCAGAGAAUAGUUUACAUGCACAUGGAAAGGGAUUCAUAUCCCAGGUUUCUUGGAUCAGAAAUCUAUCAGAAACUCAGACACAGGCCUCCAGACUGACAGAAAUGACUCAAUACAUUAAAGAGAGACUAAGGAUUUAGCAGAGGAGACUUCCUUCUGGUUUAUUAAUGUUUUCAAAUGGUAAAAGAAGAACAGAAGAAAAUCAGCCAGUGGAUGAAUUUUCCUUCCAAAGAAUGGUAGUUUGUUCUUAUGCAGAUAUUAGAGCUGAACAUAAAAUACUUUCCACCCUUCAUCCCCACCCGCCUGUGGAAUAUUUCAGCUUUAUGUUAAAAAAUUGAAAGCCACUUUUAGUUCACCUCAGUCUGUCUGGAAUUUUAAAAAGUCGUUACAGGGAAGAAACCUAGGACCUCACUCACUCACUACAAUCCAUGGGAAAUUAGCUGACUCCUGUCCUUCUCCUACCAGCUAGGGAAGACUAGUUCCACACCCUCAUCAACAUCCACCACUAUCCAAGCGAAGCCACUUUAUUUAAAAAUACAAGUGCUGAGGUUUAGAAUGAUAGUUACUGUACAGUAUUCUAAACUCUAUAAUUCACAAGCUAAAAUUCAGCACAUUGCCCAGUUAAUCAGCUCAACAGUCUCAAGUGUAAAGGGAAACACAUGUCCAUUACGUUUGAUUACACAAAAAAUACAUUCGUUUUCAGAAGGCUCCAAGGAUAGUUGUAAUUGUAGCCAGGCGUGUUUAAGCUACUGUGCAUGUUGUGCCCAAAUGCUCUUGGAUUAAUAAAGUAAGAUACAAAGCAGGUUGUCAAACCUUAGAGGAGAGAUAUGGAAUACUUUUGUUUAAUAAGUCAUGUUGGGAAUGGCUUCAUAGAUCUGGCUAGCUAGGUGCAGAUGGUAGAAAAUAAACACCUAGAUUAGUUCUGCAUGACUUGUGUUUUCACAGCACUAUACGACACUUAUUAUGGCUAGCCCUAUAUUUCAUGCCACUUACAUUUUGGCAGAUUCACCUGAUCGGCCUGUUCACUGCACUAUUCAAAAGUGUAGCUUUUGCCCCUUUAUAAUUAGAAUGUUUACAUCACUAUCAGGCCCUCACACAACAAAUGUAUCCAAAUGAAAAUGUUUCUUGUAAAUCUUUCAUCUAUAAAACCUAGAAGGGAAACAAUGGACUACUGUGAGCUUUUGGAUAAACAGAAUACAAAUCCUUCUCUUGGGUAAUGGACUGGAUUAGUGAGAAGUGGUGCUAUCCCCAAUUAUAAAAUAAGAUACUACUAGUUUUCACCUGAGCAUAACAUGUUCUAAUGUCUAAACUAAUUAUAAGCUCUCUCUCACACACUAAAUUAUAAAGUGAUUCUGUUGUAUAACUAAAGCUUUUCAAGUGUCUUUUAAAUCAAUAUUUUCCAAUAUAAAACAUCAGGCUGUGAUCACGUCCAAUCUGACAAACUAAGCAUUGGUGAUCUGUAUGCAUCUGGGAGAUCUCCAACAGAAAUCUAGGUGCUAAGGGAGAGUUGCUGAUGUUGUAGAUGGCCUUCUCCAUCAGUACCGACCUAAUGCCAUUAUCAUAGGCCUAUCGUUCUCUGGCUACUCCUCCUAGUCCCCCAAUCCAUAUUUGAUAUCCAUAAAUCCGUAGCCCUCUCUCCUCCAUGGUCAGCAACCAGCCUUGCUCAGCAUAUUAUUUGAGAGAGCCUGUCUGCUUCCUUUUUGCUGUUAGAAAUUACUCGGUAUCUGCCAUGUGUCCUCAGCUGCUGCUAGUCCAGCUCCUUUUGGCCUCUGCUCAGGCUGGUUUUUAGUGAUUGUGAAAGUUUCCUCUACAGCAGA